AUGAUACAUAGAAGACUUCUUUGCGAUCGCUUCCUUCACAGGGAAAGGAAAUUUAAAAUUGAAGUGGAUGAAUUAGAGGGGAAGUACAAUGACUGGCAAACGAAGCUGCAUCCUGAUCUAGUUCAUUCUAAAUCCCAGGUUAUGAUGAAUAUCCCGAAAGAAAUUUGGUGUCUUGGUGGAAAUGUGAUUAAGUAUCCUUGUUUUGAAAAGGAAGUUGCAGGGCACAAAAUGCUGGCUGUACUUGGUUUUGACGAUGAGAAGGCUAAAGAGCUGGCAAAAUCUAUGGACACGGAUAUUGUUUUGAGCUUCAAGUAG